AUGGCUACACGGCUCGCACCGCGGCAUGGAGGCAUGGGGAUGGACGGCAUGGACAUGGGCAUGAGCAACUCGACCUCGGCAAUGAUGAUGUCGACGUUCUUUACCACGUCCCUCGGGUCGGCCAACGUGUGGUUUUCAGGGUGGACUCCGACGACCGUUGGCGAGACCUUCGGCGCCUGCCUCGGCCUCUUCUUCCUCGCCGUUCUCUCGCGCUUCCUCUCAGCCGUUAAGGCGUGCGCAGAGGUGGCCUGGCUGCAUUCGUACCAGCAGCAGAGCCGUGCGAGACGACGAAACGGACCGAUCGCCCUUCCCGACUCUACUCCUUCUCCGCCCAACACGCUCGACCCUUCCGCCGCGCCCACCACUUGGCAGAAGGAAACCUCUCACGACUCGCCUGCGCCCUCCUACCCCUCAUCCUCAACUUCCUCCCGCCGACCACUCUUCUCCCCUCCCUUCUCCCUCGCAAUCGACCUCCCCCGCUCCCUCCUCUUCGGCCUACAAGCCUUCAUCGCCUACCUCCUCAUGCUCGCCGUCAUGACCUACAACGCCUACUUCCUCAUCGCCAUCCUCCUCGGACUCGUCGUGGGCGAACUAGCGUUCGGAAGGUACAUCGCGUUGCUGCUAGGCGCGGGCGCGCAUGCGGGACAUGGCGAAAACGGGCUGCAUGGUUGA